AUGGAUUUAGAUAAUAGGAAAAUAGAUGCUGACCUCAGCAUAGAUCAGACAGCUUGGGGGGACAGUGGUGUUUAUUACUGCACCGUGACAUCUUCUCAAGACUUGCAAGGCAACAACGAAGCCUAUGCUGAACUCAUUGUAUUGGGCAAGUCCUCCGGUGUCUCAGAGCUUUUGCCAGGCUUUCAGAUAGGGCAUAUGGAAGAUUGGGUCUUUGUGGUCUUGGUUGUGCUGGCCUUCUUUCUGGUCUUCCUGCUCCUUGGAAUCUGUUGGUGCCAGUGCUGCCCCCAUACCUGCUGCUGCUAUGUCCGAUGUCCUUGUUGCCCAGAGAGGUGUUGCUGCCCCGAAGCACUGUAUGUGGCAGGGAAAGCUGCAACAUCUGGAGUCCCCAGUGUUUAUGCACCCAGUAUUUAUGCCUCCAGCAAUCCGCUGAAACCAGCUCCCCCAGCCACCAUGAUCCCUAUGGGCCCAAUGUCUCCAAUGUACAAUGGUUACGGAGUGGAUUAUGAUAGAGCCAGCUCAGUUGGUGGAAACAGCUCCCAAGUGCCUCUCCUGAGGGAUACUGAAAGUGUUGCAAACGCUGCUGUGCGCAGUGGCUAUCGCAUCCAAGCCAACCAGCAGGAUGACUCCAUGCGGGUGCUCUACUAUAUGGAGAAGGAGCUGGCCAACUUUGACCCUACUCGCCCAGGGCAGCCCAGUGGGAGGCUUGAGAAAGCCUCCGUGAUGAGUGAACUAAGCUCUCUUCAUGAAGAUGACCGGCGUUAUGAGCUGCGGCAGGGGAUGGGGAGGCUGCGUGGCCAGGCCAUGUCUCCCAUCAGGGACUUGGAGGAGGAAAGCGUACGGAGCAGCGAGAACCGGCGCUUGUUGCCCCCCACCCCUUGGCGUGACCGCUAUGAGGACUCCCCACCCCGAAGCCAUGGCCGACGCCCGCGUUCCCGCUCGGUAGAUGGCCUGGAUGAUUUUGAACGGGACUCCUACCCUUCCCGGCCCAGAAGUCGGGGUCAACAUGGCUCGGACAAUGAAUGGCAUCACCGUGAUUAUUCCCCCGACUCCCGCUACGACUCUGAGCGCUACGGCAGACGCCGAAGUCGAAGUCGGGAUGACUUGCGGGAUCUGGAGCGAACCCAUUAUGAUAACCGGCUCCUGGAGGAAGCAAUGCGGAAGAAGCAGCGGGCAGGUAGCCGUGAAGACCUGGAUCACGGAAGCGCCUCCAAUGGGAGGUCUGGCCACAGGAAAAACCGGGAUGAAGAUAGCAAUGGCUUUCCUCCUCCUCCUCCCCCUCCGUACACAGAGACCGAAUCUGUAUCUUCUCACAGCAAGGAUGACCGCAAACUGCGAAGGAAUCAUGCUGUCAGCAGAGAAAGCUUGGUUGUUUAAUUCUUUCCGCUCUUUCUGGAAUAUGAGAGACUUUGUGUCUUGAAUGGCUACAGGAACACUCUUCAUGUGUCAGCAUCAGUUUGAUUCAGGAGGACCUAGAGACGAAAUGGGACAGCAUUUAGGCUGGAUCUGAGCAGCCAUCAAAGGACUGGGCUUACUGCACUAGGUCACCUCACAGUGUCUUAGCCCAUCUUCAUCAGAGGCAGGCUAGGAUUCUUGUAAGAUUCCUUAAGAUUCUUAGUAUUAUAGACAUUUUAAAAUACGUUUUGGGUACUCCUUUUGAAUUUCAGAGCUAUCUAUUUCUGAAAUGUGCUAUUCUGGAAAGAGGAUUGCUUCAGAUGUGAUCCCCUGAUACUGCAAAGAGAAAGAAAUGGUUUAUUUCAUUGAACACCACUUGGAUACCUACUUGCCUUUAAUUUUUUUCCCCCCUUGUAGUUUUGAAGAGGAUUCCAAAGAAAGAUGCAUUUAUAUGUAUUACCUUUUUUAUUCUGAUUUUAAAGAAGUGCUUUAAACACAUUUGAUACUUAAGUAAUGUGACUGUGUGUUUAAGGGUUUUUAGAACCUGAAUAUGAAACUACUGAUGCUGUAAAUAUUUAAGUAAUAAGCCACCAAGGGCUUUUUUUUAAUUUCUGUACUUUUUUUAAAAAAAAAUGAGAUUACAUUUUUAUAGGAAUGAAAACAAAAAUGAACAGAGCACAUGUAUCGGCAUUUUCAGAGUGGACUGAAAUUCCUCCCGUUUUUUCCAGCCCUCAUAUCUUCCAGAUGUGUGAGGUCGCAUAUUGGACAUCUAAAUAUACAUUCUGAAAGUUACCCAUCGUAAUUCACAUGAGAAAAUGUGAAUGAUUAGUUCUGCUAUUUUCACUUUAAUAAAUAACAGAUCCCUACAAUUGCUACAGUCACAUGUGCAUUGCUGGAUGACUUACAUUCAUCUGUCCUGGAACUUGUACUUAAGUCCUCUGCUGCAGUUUUACAGAGAGAAAAAUAAAUAGAUGGGUGAUACUUUAGAAACUGUCCAGCAGGAGACAACAAUUCUUGUGUAGAAUUAUAACACAAUGGGACAUUCCCUAAGUUGCUAGCACAAAAUGAUGUGUGUGCUGUUCACCAGCCAGCCACAAGAGAGAGGCAGGUCAGGUCAACUACCUUUACAUAUCUGGUUGGAUGGCCAUAAAACGAGACAGACUAUCCUCACUCUUCAAUGCCUUCACAAUGUAGAGAUGUGUUUUCUGAAU